AUGACUAAGCGGGCCGGGAAGUCCCUCACCACGCCAAUCCAACCUCAUCCGCUGAAAUUCGCGUUGGAGCGGAACAUCAACCACCACGAUUACAGCCAAUUCAUCAAGAUGGGUGGCGGCGCAAAAGUUCCAUACCCCAAGCACGUCUGGUCACCAGCUGGUGGCUGGUACACGCAGCCUAAGAACUGGAAGGUCAACACUGCAGUAAUGCUGGCUGCCAUCUUCGGAGUCACGGCAAUGUCAUGGAAGUACAGCGCCGAGAACGAGUACCGGACGAAGUUCCCAGAGCAGGGUCGCUUCUACCCAAGUCGAUACUGGAGCAAGCAGAUUAUUGAGCACGAGAAGGAGGUCAAGGAGGGGAAGAAGUCCGCAUAAGAUGUUGGAUGGCUGUGUUUGUACAUAUUCGGAGUCGCAUCAAGGGUCAUAGACGAAGGGACAAUAUUAGUAAAAAUACGAG